UUAUUAUCACGUGUGUUGUGGUUACGUCAACGCCGCCUUGGCUCGGGCGAGGUGACGAUCAGGGUUUCGGAACUCUCGGACUUGAACGAGAAAGGGGGAGGAGAUCUCUCUUCUCAUACUCAUCCACUUCUCCGCCGACGACCGCCACCAUCAACAGACACACCCAGAUUGCAGCGAGAUUAUAGAUCCCCAGUCAUACAGCAGCGUAUCGAGAGCUCCUAUCCGACAUGGAUCGGACGGAGGGCGACAAAUAGUAACAUCGAAAACACAUAGUGGGCGGAACUGGGAAGAGCGACCGCCAAACGACAUCGACAAAUCGUCAUGACAAUAGACCAGCGUCGUCUCAGCACGAUUAGUGCAUUCAGCGUUAUUCCGAGGCGAUUCAGUACAUCGGCUCCGCGUUACGACGAUGACAUCGAUCUCGAACUCAGAGCCGAUCUGCUCAGGCCGGGCCUUCAACCAAAUUCUGCCAACUCUCAUGCCCUGUCAGACGAUUCGACCACAACUCUGUUUAACGGAGAUCAUGAGUAUGAUUACAACGAUAGGAGGAGUCUGGAUUCUACGGCUCCUCUGCAAGGUGUCAGGAGGGUCGAGGCGAUUCAAGCGGUAUGGACGAAAAAGAGCCGUUAUGUGCUGUUCAUCGGACUCGCUCUGGCAUCAUACGUAUACUCUUUAGAUGGCUCGACGACCUGGCAGUUCCUCUUCUACGCAACAUCGACCGUAUUCGGAAACUCUUACUCUGGCUCGAUCACCACCGCCGCUGCCAUCAUCAUCGCCGUAGGGAAACCUCUUAUGGCCAAGUUGGCUGAUGUAUUCGGAAGGGCGGAAUCGUAUGUCGCGGUAGCUGCUCUCUACAGCUUGGGUUACGGAAUCAUCGCAACAUCCUCGAACAUCGGAGGCCUGGCGGGAGGGACCCUGGUAUAUUCAUUUGGCUACACUGGAUUGCAGCUCUUAUCUCAAAUCGUGAUCGCAGAUGUGACCACCUUACGAUGGCGAGGUCUUUCGAGCGCUCUUCUCUCCUUUCCCUUCAUCAUCAACAACUUUGUCGCUGCCGAAAUCGCAGAGGGCAUCCUUCCCGACUGGAGGUAUGGCUACAGUCUCUUCGCCUGUGCCGUCCCGCUUUGCCUGAGCUUGAUCGUGGGGACCAUGUUCUGGGCCCAACGUCGCGCUCGCAAAAUCCACAACGAGAAAUUUGGCUAUCAUCACCAUCAAGACUUCUUGACUCGACAAGCGGUAGAAAGUUGGACGGAUGUCAUGAUCAGGAAUAUGAAGGAGAUGGAUGUUCUCGGGCUUAUUUUACUCACGGCGAGUUUGUCUUUGGUUCUAUUGCCAUUGACACUGGCGAACACUGCCGACAAGGGGUGGGACAACCCAGUCAUGCCCGGCAUGGUGCUGAUCGGGGUUCUAUUGUUCCCCAUCUGCUGUUAUCACGAGACACGUACCGAGAAUCCCAUCAUCCCGUACAAAUUCCUCCGCAAUACGUCCAUUCUCGGAGCAUGCCUCAUCGGCUUCCUUGAUUUCACCUCGUUUUACCUGCAAUUCACCAAUUUGUACAACUUCAUCUAUGUCACGCAGGAUUGGUCCCCAAGAAACCUAUCCUACUUUGCGUCCAUUCAGACAAUGGCUAUGACGAUAUUCGGCAUCAUUGGUGGUGCCAUCAUGAGCCGGACUCGAGACGUCAAGUUCCUGUUAUUAGUUGGUCUGGUCAUCAGACUAGCUGGAGUAGCCUUCAUGAUCCGCUCUAGAGGAGCGAACGGAACUCCUAUCGAACUCGUCCUCAAUCAAGCGUUACAAGGGAUCGGCGGUGGUUUUGCGUCGGUCACGCUGCAAGUUUCCGCACAGGCUGGAGUAUCUCACGCCGAAGUAGCCACCGUGAUAGCGAUGGUCAUGCUCAUCACCGAGGUUGGGAAUUCUGUCGGCUCUGCCAUCGCAACAAGCAUAUACACUAGAGAGAUGCCCAAAGCCAUCGCACGCUAUGUUCCUGGCGACAAUGCCACGCUUAAGGCAGAGCUCUAUCUCUCACCUACUAUUGCGCGGGAAUUUCCGAAACACAGCCCGAUACGGGACGCCAUGGUCAAGUCGUAUAGCGACGUUAUGUUUCGACAACUCGUGGUCGCGACCGCGGUGGCCAUGCUACCUCCCAUCAUUUGCUAUUACCUUACGAAACAAGACCGGUUGGAGGAUGUUCAGAACUUGGCGGAUCGAAGAGAUCUGGCAGGGAACCGAACGGACGAAUCGGAAGAUGGUCUGAGCGGGGUUUACAGCUCGCUCGACACGGGAUCACGAAUAUAGACGGCAUUGUAACGACAAACAGCAUUUUUGUAUCCAUCUCUUGUAACAUCAUCAGUAGAUCGGCAUGGUCGAGAAGAAAAUACGUUGUAUCAUCGGUCUCGAAUCGGAGUAUUGCUUGCGAUACUGUCGGGCGGGAGGAGCCAUCGAGCUUUAAGAGUGCUGCUUCCAGGCCCUCCAGGCAUAGAUCGAUGACCCCAAGAA